AUGAACUCGGUUUUACAAAGUUUCAAGACCAUUCCGGAGAUCAAAGAUGGCCUACAACGACUAAGUGUUUCUGGUCAAGAAACUGACGCAAAUAAAAAGAUGGCCAUGGCCGUAAAAAGUGUAUACGAAAUGCUCGACAAUCCUCGACGGACAGCAGAUGAGCCACUUGUGCCAUUCUUCAUGUUGCAGGCCCUUCACAGCAUUCUACCUCAGUUCAGCUCUAGAGAUGAGCAUGGUCAUUUGGAGCAACAAGAUGCAAAUGAAUGCUUUUCUGAGGUACAGCGAAUGAUCCUGACCGCCCUCUCAGCUAAUAAAGACAUGCUUGGCAAGGAUGUGAAAGAGUAUUUUCGAGGCAGAUACCAAGUUACUCAAAAGUGCCUUGAAUCCGAUGAAGAGCCAGUUCAAAAAUCAACUGAAGAGUUUUACCAGGUAUGCGCCUGUCUUAUCUGCCCCUUCUUCUUUGCUUCUUCUUUUGUAGUUGAUUUGGACUGAUU